AUGAUCAGUAUCCGGCGACCAGUAUCGCUCGUUGGGAUCGCCUUCGUCUUUAGCACUCUCGUUCUAUGCAUCUUUGCACCAUACACCAUCCAGCGCCAAAGCUCAGAUACAUUUCGCUCAUCAUGGCCAACCAGCAGCUCUCAUACAGCAGCCACCCAAAACUCAUCCAUCACCAGCAUCAAGGAUCAAAAGCUUCACAUCCUUCUACCAGCCACGCGGGCCAACAUCCACCUCUGCAAGACCCUCCUCACCAUGGCCAUUCUAGGCUAUCCCAACCCAACCAUUGUCGCAUGGGAAGAUCAAGAUCACGCAGAUGGCCUCUUGGGAGGCGGUUCGCAUUUCGCCAAGAUCACUCGCACACUGGACUAUGUCAGUGACCCUGAGCGUCGAAAACAAGAGGGCUUCGACGAUGAGCUCGUCCUUAUGCUCGACGCCUACGACAUCUGGUUCCAGCUGCCUCCCGACGUCUUGUUGAGCCGCUACAGGGCCAUCCUCGAGGACGAACACGCCCGCGUCGCUCACCGCAUGGGCCGCGCCUAUUCCAACGAAGGCAUCCGCUCCCAAGUCGUCUUCGGCGCAGGCAAACGCUGCGCGCCCAACCUCCUCACCUCCGUAUCCUGCUACCCGGUCCCGGAAUCGCCCCUCCCGGACGACCUCUACGGCGGCAACACGGACACCUUCAUCGGGACGAGUCCCUGGAGCAGCUUCCGCACGCGCUAUCUCAACUCGGGCUACAUCAUGGGUCCGGUCGGCGAGGUCAGGCGCGUGCUGGAGAGAGCCGUGGAGAAGCUCGAGGAGUGCCAGAACCGCAAGGGGGUGUCCUUCGACGACGGGUCGGGCGCGUCGGACAUGUGCUACCAUGGGAGCGACCAGAGCAUCUUUGUCGAGAUGUUUGGCGAGCAGGAGUUUUACCGCGAGGUCAUGCGGCGGCACCACCGCCGCCGCAUCGACGACGUGCUGGAUAGGUUCGUUCCGGGACGAGCAGGCGCGCAUCCGCCGCCCACGCACGUUGGGCAGGUUCCCGUGCGGGAUCUCCUCCAGCCGAGCUUCACGCACCAGGAGUACAAUAAGACGCAUCUCCCGGAGAAGCCGUACGAGUUUGGCAUCGCGCUGGAUUACUGGAGCCUGCUGGGCCAUCAGACGUCGAACGCGGUGACGGACGCGCGGUACAUUCGGCAUGACGGGCGGCUGGCGCAGCAGAUCAAGGACCUGGGCAAGUUCGACUGCGUGCCCAAGUCGGACGUGUUUGCCCUGCCAAGGGACUUGCCGGCGGAGCUGCCUCUGCCGUGGAUGGCGGGCAGCUGGCCCGACUUGUGGGAGGCGAUGCCCUUGUACACGGAGAUUUGCAUCGGCACGGUGCCGGUCAUGAUUCAUCACAAUUCGGUGCAGAAGUGGCAGCGGGAGAAGCAGUGGAGCGAGACGUGGUGGUAUGGCAGGGCGAGGAUGCUGCUCGAGGAGAGGAGGAGGGAGGGCGCGGAGAUGCUGGUCAAGGGGAUUGCGACGGAUAGGGGGCGGGUGAUUCGGUGGGAGCACAUGUGUCCCAAGGCGGCGGAGAGCGAACUGUUUAGGAAUGAAAAGGGUUGA